CGGGAGAACCGUCUUUUUUAGUUUGCCAUGGCAGUCCGUAUUGGUACAGAAAGAGGAGCCCACCAGAAAGAGGCGCUAUGACUAAGGGGCGUCUAAGGUCUCUCCACUGCGCCAUCCGAGCACGCUAUUUGUUGUACGAUCCACAGCGUUUGCCUAUCGUGAGCAUCACUAUCGAGACGGAUACGAGACCUUGUUGUCUAGAUGGCGUUCUGUGGGAUGCCCAGUGCCAUGACGCAAGCUGUCAAUUGCACGAGUCGUCUGGCCCCCCGAGAACCUGAGCGGGACAAUUUAAGAUGGCUGCGUAGCAGUAGCUGCAAGAGAAUUAUCGGUCCCACCACCCAAUCGAUGGUGGGGUAGGGUAACCGGGUUUGCACA